ACAAUCCUUUGCGUUGUCCUGCAGCUCACACAAUAAGGAAGGUCGCAAGUUUAGUUUAAUUGACGCUGUACUGAGGAAGAGGAGAAUUCUGAUCGUAAUUAUGCUGGGACAAGCUGUGAGACGAUUCGCAACGUCUGCUAUUCGUUCUUCUCACUAUGCUGAGGGACCAGGGAAGAACCUGCCAUUUUCUGUGGAAAACAAGUGGCGCCUGCUGGGCAUGAUGGUGGUGUUCUUUGGCAGUGGCUUUCUAUUCCCCUUCAUCGUCGUCAGACAUCAGAUCCUGAAGAAAUAAAAUGGCCCAGUGCUAUUACUCAGCCUUCAAGGUCAUCAAGUGGAGCAUAUUUGUAUAUCAGAGUUCUGUCCAGGCAGAAGAAUGGGAAUCUCUUAAUUGUCUUUGUAAAUAAAGUUUCCUCAAAUAUGA